AUCAAACAGUGUCCAGGUUUUUUUGGGGACAUCCGGUACUUUAUUUUAAUUCCGUAUAUAUAGAUAUAUCAAAGAUGUUUUCUCUUGUGAAUCUUGAUCUUAGUGAAAACUCCAUAAGUGAUGUAAGUCUCUUACAAAUUUAUUUAUAAGUAUCAAUACCAAAAUUGACGUCUAUGUAUAACACCAUAUACAACCCUUAAUGAACCCGCCUGUUUUGCUUCUCGAUAGAUCACCGAUGUCCUGUCACUUGCUCAACUGCCUUGCUUGGAGAACUUGAUACUGCUGGCAAAUCCUGUCAGGCAUAAAGCCGACUUGUACCGCAUACAACUUCUAACUGCUUUUGAAGACAGAGUUUCACAGGUAAGCAUUUGCGUGAGUUUCCCUUCCGCCGUGAAAAAUAGGUUAGGUUUCCUCCUGUAGUAACACUGGAACAAUAUAGGAUGAUCGCGUUGCUGAUAACUGGCCCACAUGGGAUGAUCAUUCCUGGACCUCUAGGAAGAGCAGUUUAUACCAGCCGACAGAGAUAUCCAAUCAAGUAACUUUAGUUUUUAAGAAGAAUCCAUUCUUAACUAAAAGGAUGUUCUUGUUUUCAGAUAUGCCUUGACAAAGUGGUUCCAUCAGAGGCGGAAAUUGUAAGUCAAACGAAAUUUGGUUUGAUUGAAUAGUAUUCAUGAAUGGUGUUUCCACGUAUUUCAGUACUUUUUUUACUUCCAAUUAUGUAUUGGCAUGUUGUUUCAAUUUUUCAGAAGAACGUAAUGGGGAUACUUGCUGAAGAAGAUGGAUAUGAGUUUGUGAACGUUCCUUACAGCACAUCUGGUAGUCCAAGAAAAAAUAAGACUGGUAAUAAAAAGGUGUGUAAUAAUAGUAUGGUAAAGUAGGAUAAGGUAUGGUAUGGUAUGGUAUGGUAUGGUAUGGUAUGGUAUGGUAUGGUACGAUACGAUACGAUAUGGUAUGAUAUGGUAUAUGGUAAGGUAUUGUAUGGUAUGGUAUGGUAUGGUAUGGUAUGGUAUGGUAUGGUAUGGUAUGGUAUGUAAUAUUUUAAAUCCGUGACUAUGAGGACUUUCGCCUCGGACUUGAUCAAAUUGCGCGGACUUGAAAUCUAGUCCAGUCCUCAUAGUCGAAGCCAGAGGUGAAGCCGAGGACUGGAUCAAAAUGCGAGGACUUGAAAUCUAGUCCAGUCCUCAUAGUCGAAGCCAGAGGCGAAGCCGAGGACUGGAUCAAAAUGCGAGGACUUGAAAUCUAGUCCAGUCCUCAUAGUCGAAGUCCGAGGUGAAGCCGAGGACUGGAUCAAAAUGCGAGGACUUGAAAUCUAGUCCAGUCCGAAUUGGAGGAUUUGAAAUGACAUCUCAUACGAAUAAAUCACUAGUGAUUUAAUUAAUUUUGAUCCAGUCCAAGGACUGAAUUAAUUUUGAUCCAGUCCAAGGACUGAAUUAAUUUUGAUCCAGUCCUAGGACUGGAUCAAUGUACUUCAUCAAGUAUCCAGUAUUGUCAUGUGAGCAAAAUAAAGCAAUAUGGUUGGUUAAUUUACUCAAGAAUUAUUAACGAGUUUGAGAUGGUUUGGUAUGAUAAGAUUUGAUAUGGCAUGGCAUGGCAUGGCAUGGUAUGGUAUGGUAUGGUAUGGUAUGGUAUGGUAUGGUAUGGUAUGGUAUGGUAUGGUAUGGCAUAGUAUGGUAAAGUGUGGUAUGCUUAGGUUAAGUAUGGUAUGGUAUGGUAUGGUAUGGUAUGGUAUGGUAUGGUAUGGUAUGAUAUGAUAUGAUAUGAUAUGAUAUAUGGUAUGGUAUGGUAUGGUAUGGUAUGGUGUGCUACAGUGCUACUCUUAUUAACUAUAAUAACUUUGUUUCUAAAAUUCAUCUUUAUCUAGACAACUAGACGCAGGUUAAAAAUCAAACCUCGGGACGUUUUAGAAGAUGCAGUAGUGGAAGGUAGUUAUUACACAUUCUUUUUAUAGAACAUUGAACAGAUCAAACAUAUAAAGUGUUUAUUUUUUCUAGCUGCAUCUGUGCCAGUGAGCAAGACCACAACCACUGAAGAGGAGCAAGAAUUUCGUGACAGAGUUGAGAGAAUGCGACAGUUGGGAGGUGAUGCUUGGCUGGGAUUACUCAAUGAAAUACAGAAUGAAAAUAAGGUACAAUGAAUGAUUCCAGCUGUAGAGACAUUUUGAUCUAGGCAAGAAGAACGAAAACCAUUACCAUAGCUGGAAAGAGCAUCUUAAAAUGAGUAAAAUUGCAAAGUUUGGUUGCGAAUUGUUGUAAAAUGAGGAAAAUAUAGCCCUGUGAAGUUCGCAAAUUUUGUAUAUAUUUGCAUUACGCGCGGGAAAAAUAACCAUUUUUGAGCCGAAAGUUAUAUUUGUAUUACGCGCGGUUAAAAUAACCAACAAAAUUUGCGAACUUCACAGGGCUAUAUUUUCUUCAUUUUACAACAUUUAGCAACCAAUCUUUGCAGUUUUACUCAUUCUAAGACGCUCUUUCUAGCUGUGGUGUUGGAUUUCGUUAUUCUUGCCUUGAUCAAAAUCUAGUCUGUAACUGGAAUCACGCAUUGCCAUGGCCGUAUUAAAUUAAAGAAGAGUUAAUUGUCGUGUGUUAAUGUGUUAAGUGAAACAGCAAGAUACAGAAUUGAUCGCUAUUGGCUGGUUUCAGCGACCGUUACAUGGACAGUUAACAUUUAUUGGAUCAAGCAUGCCAAAUAAACCUGUUGUAAUCCUUCUAUUUUACUUACUGGCAGUUUUCACUGAAAGUCACAUCAUAGUCUUUCAAAACAUGGUUUGGAAACUUCGCUAAAGUCUUUGUUCUAUCUUUUUGUUCGCGUUUAUGCAGUUUUGUGCACGGUGCACGGUCAAUGAACACAUUGUAUUUCAGUAUAAUGAACGAGUCAUCCAGUAGCAACGUUUAAACAAAGGAUGUGCACGGUGUAACUGUAAGGUAUGGCUCAACAUAAACUCCCAGCUCAUUAUAACCGCUUUAAAGUUUACGGAGUUUCCAGACCAUGUCUCGAAAGACUAUGGUCACAUGUACUAGAUACUGGUUCAAAUUUUGAUGAGAGUUUACGAGAGUUUUUGCUCGUGUGACCGGCAAUAUCCAGUCAACUCUCAUCAACUCUCAUGUAACUGUUGUUCUCGUUUGACCGGGGCAUGAGAUUUUAGAAAACUCUUAUGCGAAUUUUCGCUUCUCAACUCUCAUCAACUAUUCAACUAUAUCUUCCUCAUUUAACUGGGGAAUGAGACUUCAACAUUUUACUUUUCACAAUCUCCUCAUAUACUCAAACUGUUCUACCUUUCAGGGUCAUAGCAACCAUGUGAGUGCCUCCUUACCUGGAGACACGAGAUCCAUUGGUCAAAAGAAUGAUGCCGUUACCUCUUCCGAACCCAGUACAAAACAUUCUGAAUUGCAGUUUGGAUUUUCUGCCGAACUUGAAAAUCUUGUAAUCCUGACAAUGAAAGAAGAUAAAGACGUGUAAGUUCUGUAUUUUUGUUUUUGUUGCCAGAUUUUCCUGGAAUGUAGCUAUGGUUUUCAAAGCAUUAACUCUAGUAUAUAGGGCCUCAAACACCAGUAUAUGUAACUUUGUUUAUAGUUAUUAUAACGUUCGCAGUGAUGAAUGAAAUUAGAAAUAGGUUUUAGGUUAUUGAAAUAGGAAUAGAGCCAUCGAACAAGUUAUUCUACCGAAUUUGACCAUAUCUUUGAUUUAGAUUUCUAUAGAUACUGAGGUAUCAAAGCCUUAGUUUGUAAUACCAUUAACUUUGAAUCACAAAGCUCAACUACUGUAGUUAAUAUAAUGGCUGGCCACUACUGGCCGCGGAUUGCAGUAUUUUUUUGACGAAGCUGCUUUUCCCGCACUAUAGCUGGUCGUUUGCUUCACAUGAGGCAUGCCAUCUAGGAAGCGCAGCCAGGGCUCGAAAUAACGGGCUGCCAAUGGCCAAAAGCAGGCCAUAUUUUAGAAAUGGCAGGCAAAAACAAAUUUGAACUGCCAAGGUAAAAACAAAAUGGCGGGUGAAAUUCUAUAAAUAUAUUUCAUUUCAUUUGCUCACCACAACUCAUAUAUACUAGAUUAUUUACUUGACUAAAUACGUUUAUAUUUGAAAUGUAAAUCCAAGUUCACUGUGGUAAAAUAGACAAGUUUAAAAACAAUUAAAAUGCAUAUCAUGAAAACAUUGAUUUUUACAAUAUGACUCGUAUGAGACAUCGCCAUUUUGGUAGUUCAAUGAAUAAAAAUGGCAGGCUAAAAUGUAUUUCACCUGCCAAAAAAUGUUAGACUGGCAGAGUGACAGGCCAUAUUUUUUCUCUACUUCCAGACCCCUGGAAGCGCAGCGCUAUACCGAAUAUAAAUCUGCAUGUUUUGGUGGGAUUAUUCGCAGGGUUAUUCAGGUAAUUGUAACUGUAUGCAUUAUAUCUCAGUUUUGCAGGAUCAUUUUUCGUCAGUGUCGAAGGGGAUAACGGCGAGGAGGAGAGAAUGGUUGGGGUUGAUCUGAAAGAAGGCGUUUUGAUGGAGAUCGUUGUAGCCAGUGGAGAAACUUACAGGAAAUAUAACUUAGGUGAGAAACAUCAACUUAUCUCGUUGCCAAGAGUAGAAGGCCCUAAUAAGGAGUGAUGCUUACUGCAGCACUACGGCUAUAGGGCUUAGCAAUUGAUGAUUGAACUAUAAGUAAACUGGAAGGCUAACUCAGGGGAGGGGGAAUUGAAGCCAGUGCAUUUUAGUUUUUGAAAACUGAAGCUAUUGCAAAACGCUAUUUGGUGUAGAAAUUUCAGGACUUUAGCUAAAAGGGAAAUAAUUAAAAACUACAAAAAUAAUUGCCUAUAAUUUGCCAUUUUUUGGCCGAAUGGCAGUUGUUUUUGUAUUUUUAAAAUAUUUUUCUUUUCGCUGAAGACUUGAAAUUUCCACACCGAAUAGCAAUUUUCAAUAGCUUCAGUUUGAUAUGUAGCCCAACGUUUGGGAUCAAGUAUUUCUGCUCAUAACUCAGAAAAAAUAUUCUGGCUUCAGCAAAUCAUAGCCCUUCAUCGUAGCAGUUAGCCUUCCAGUUUACUUAUAGUUCAUUGGUGGGCUUAGCCCAUAGAAAUAAUAGAUAUAGAAUGCAUACUUGAUCACGAAUCAUGCAUGUUUCCACUUUUCCCCAUGCGCGCCCUUUGAAAUCCGGCAUAUUGAAUUUGACUAGGAGUGAAAACUACAAAGUAUAAACAAAGCUGAAACUACGUUUUCGUCGUCGAACGUUUUGUCUUGCUCUCUAAUUUGCAGUUUGAGGAUAGAUUUUGAAAUUUUAAGUUCUUUGAAGGCACAAAGGCAAGUGUAAGUGCUAUAUCAGUUGUGCAAAAACGAUGAAAAUCGUGCAGCCUUGUAAAAACAAAGUAAUUUCGCGUUAUCAGAAUUUACUCAUAAAACAUUUUUGCAUGCUCUGAACUUCACUGUUUUGCUAAUUGUAUCUCAUGACAUUACAAAAUGAUCGUUCAUUCUUCGUCGGGUUUCGUUUUUCUUCAAACUACAAUAAAUGAAGUGUCCAUUAUUUCUCAUGCCUUCGCCGCUAAGGCUAUCCAGUGUAAAAAGCUUGACCAAAUGGUUCUCUAUAUUUUCCAGACGAAAUGACAAGUGUGGAUAUUUUGGAAUCCUCAGAGUGUUGGUACGUGGAUCUUUUGCACACUGAGCACAAGGAACUGCGCCGUCAUAACGAUUUUCAUAUGAACAGCGGUAAUUCCACAGAAAAUUUUAGACAUGUCGCCAAAUAUCAUAUGAGGUCGAUGAAAGACGCCGCUGAGCUGUUUGUAUUGCUUUACAAGUUCGUGAGCGACUCUCUAAGCAAAAGGUAAGAUGUGAAUGCUUUGAUAAGCUGGCGAGGGGUGUGCCGAAAUUUCGUAUUUUGAUAUCGAUUUAAAGAAUAACACUAUGGUUUUACGAACGAACUGAUAACUUGUUUAGAGAUACGCUCCGUUAGAAAAACUGGAAUUAGCUGGGGAAAUGGUAUUGAAACUGUGAACGACCUUCAUAUCUACUGUCAAUGCGUACACUUCAGUGACAUCCGUAAUAAGUCUUCAGUUACGUCCUACAGUGUUUUCAGACUCAAAAUGCUACAAUUUUGGAGAUAAAUGGUUGAGACUAUCUUUCCCUCUAUACAAAAUUCACAUAUAUAUAUAUAUAUAUAUAUAUAUAUAUAUAUAUAUAUAUAUAUAUAUAUAUAUAUAUAUAUAUAUAUAUAUAUAUAUAUAUAUAUAUAUAUAUAUAUAUAUAUAUAUGAUAAACUCCAUAUUGAAUCAUGUUGCUCUUCUUAAGCCACCGCUUCCCCAACUCAAUGUUGAGCUUGUGUCAUGGUAAAUUAUCAAAAGUUGUUUUGGCGUUGUUUACAACAUUGAACUGGCGGAGAGGGGGUGACGAAAUUUAAUAGGUCAAUGUGCAUUAACUUUGGAAUAUUGGCUGGGACGGUCUGAAGGGUUGUGUCCAAAAUUGUAGUCCGGAACUUCGAAAUUCACUACUUGCUGUCUUGACAUGUAGUAGAUAAUUUGCUUUCCCUUUUGUAACGGUUUAACACGUUCAAUUUCUAUUUCACUUAGGCCUCCACAGAGAUCGAACUCAGACCUCUCGCAGACGUCGCAACAAACAGUCGCUAAUGACGUCAUCUCGAUAUACAGCAAUCCGAUCGGCUUACCACACGACUUAUUUCAUCAAUUUCUGAACAACAAAUUUGGCUGUCCAAUGGAAAGCGAGCUCACGGAGUCGGCGCGUCACACUGCGGAGACUAGAAACGAAUGUGCGCAUUUGAUACUUUGGGUCAGCUGCCUUCCGUACGCUUUACCCGAACACGAACUUCCGGUUUGUCUCGUUUUGACGAACCUUAAUGUGUACCUGUUUAAUCUGGUCAACGUCGUUUCACCCCCGAAAAAGGUUGAGCAAUUCGAGAAGGUUCUGCCGUUAAUGUGUUGUUUACCGCUCUUUGAACUGUGUAGCGUUGUCCGCGGUGUUUUCGACUUGACGUUUCGGCUCGAGUUCUCGAAACGUGGCCAAUACGGGACGUUCACGUUUCUUGCACGUGAUUCGGAAAUGACUGAAUCGUUUGUGAAAGCGCUGGACGAGAUGGAUAUGUCCAACGGUGCGCUGCCGUGUAUACGCAGUUACGAUAUCGUCAACACAAGCGAGUCACGUCUUGAAAAGUUGACACGAGAGAUCGCAAUGUCUUGUGGGAAGACGUUUAAGGAUGACGAACGCGUUCUCGUAUAUGCUGUGGUUAGGGAAGUGACGUCAUGUGAUGACGUGGCGAACACGAGUGACGUGACGUCAUCGACUUCUAGUCACGUGACGAGCACGACGCGAAGUUUGGUUCUUACUAAUUGGAAUAUUUUCUUAUGCGAAGAAGACCACAUACAUUGGCCGGAGCUUAGCUACGUCCGAGGAGCGCCAUCAACACCACAAUGGGUGGUCACCAAGCACGAUGACGUCAAGCAUAUUAUUGGUAUCGAGGUCUAUGACGUCACUGGUGAAUGUGCGUUCGUGGGUACCAGUGGAAUGUCCUUACUUCUUGAAGACAAUCUGCAUGGUCACGAAGACGACAUUUCCCACGAGGACGCGUCUCGCGGGACCGAACACGCGUCUCGCGGGACCGAAGUGUGGAACGUCAUUUUCAAACUCAAAGAGGAACGAGAGCAAUUCCAACGGUCGCUUUCCCAAAUAUGGUCAUACAAUUUUCAUGGCAAACUUCUAACUACGAAAUCCAAACCAAUAUGUGCAAAGAGUAUUCGCCACUCCCCCCGGGUUGAUGUUACAGCGCACUUUUUCCAGGAGGGGUUGGUGUCAUCUGGGCCGGACGACUCACAAAACCGGACCGGUAAAAGUCACCGUCGUAAUGCCUCAGGACCAUUUUACCCGGUACUCAAUGAAGACUCGAUGAGGAAAUCAAUGCAAGUUUUACAUAAUGCUAAUGCUGAACUAUUAGAAAGAUUUUUCUAUGAAACUUUACGACAGAACUGUGGGAAUGACGGUUCUGAAACCCUCGUGUCAUACGCGUGGACAGGAUGCGUGGCGUACACACAUCCCACGCGUGAGGUCCACGUAUGGUUAGUAUUGUCGAGUUCAAAGGUUUACAUUGUGGCAGACUUGGAGGAUAAGGGAAUUAUCGGCAGCGCGCAGGAUGUGCUGUUUGGUAUUGAUACCAAGCUAUGUUUUCAUUGGUUGCCACUGGCAACGUUACGUCAAGUCUGUGCCGGCUUCUUUGAUCAGACUUUCCGACUGGAAGCGGACGAACCCGAGAACACUUUCACUUUCAUUACCCGUGACUAUCAGGUGACCAGUUGCUUUUUAGAGAACCUCAAAAGCAUGUUCAAAGAGAUUGACAUCGAACGUCCAGUUCCGAGUACAUCCGACGACUCUCCGAGCAUUUACGACACAUAUCGAAGCAGUGCCGAAGUUGACAACGAGCACUCUUCGGUGGAAAAACUCCAUCACUCGAAAGGCGUUGUACAAUUUGUAUCCCCAAAUGAUGAUGCCGUGGAGAUCCUGAAGCAUAGCAUUUUAGAGUAUGCGAAAGAGUCGGAAUACUUUACAUCACUAAAUGACUGUAGUAUAGUGUUGUAUCUUCUUAUGUUUCAAGUUAUAGAGGGCAAGAAAUUGUCUCGAACUUUUAUGGUUCUAAAUCACGUGCUGUGCACGUCGGUAGAAAAUCACGUGAAUUUCCCACUACCGCUGUUCGUGAAAGGUCUGCCCAUGGGCUCACGGCACGAAAUUCAACGCAUGCGCCUAAUUACGGACAUUAAAAGAAUCGAGUUCAGCGGUUUUAACACGCAGAGUUUUACGAUUGUUUACAAGAAGGAGCGGUUGCAAAGCAAAGUCGAGGAGACAGAAAUGACUGGGGAGAGUUGUCUUGCUGAAAACAGCGCAUGUCGUGAAGGAGAAGAACGCUGGACUAUGAUAGCGCAGACGUACGAGGAGAAAGAAAUGGCAUUGGGGAAAAUUUUACAAUUCUGGAAAGAAAACGUUGGCGAAGAUUUGCCAGUUUUAAAAAUUUGACGAAGCAUUACUGCCAUUACACAUUAUAUAUAUAGAGAUUAAGAGAUACGCAUGUAAUGAUCACAAUUAACAUUUAAAAAAAUAUAUAAAACAUUUUCCGUGUUGAUAUACAGUUAUAUCAACACUCGUGUUGAUAUAACUGUAUAUCAAUAUGGAAAAAUUGUUUUAUAUUUGUUUUAUAAUAUAGCACAAAGAAACAUAAAGAAAGAAAUUUUCCGACGUUUCCGUGUUGACAUUGAGUUAUAUCAACACGGCUCUUAGCCAAUCAGCGUUCAGAAUUGACAAAUGCUAUAUUAUAAUAAGUCUUCGUCGCUAUCAGCGGUUUCACCUAGAUUAAGAUCUUCAGAUCAGGUUUCACCUACACUCGUAAAUACGCACAAGCUGCUACAGGUCUGCAAAGCUGUCGACAAGUUGUGUUCGCACUGCUUGUUCCCAGUUGUUGGAACAAGCUGUUCAUAACAAGUUGUAACAAGCUCGAUGGCAUUAUCAGACUUGUUACAAGGUUGUUCUAACAAGUCUGAUACAGUCAUGAUAUAACAAGAAUGUUACAAGGUUGAGCACACAAGGUUACAACCUUAUAUUUGUUACAGCCAACAACAAUAUUGUUAUAUCAUGACUGUAUCGGACUUGUUGGAACAACCUUGCAACAAGUCUGACAAUACCAACAAAGCUGUUACAAGUUGUUAACAGCUUGUUCCAAACUUGGGACAAGCAGUGCGAACACAACUUGUUGACGGCUUGUUGGCGGCAGACAUGCUACAAGAUGUGAGAUUUUGCAUGUGUACCCGAUUCAGCUUGUCAAAAGAUGGUCUUCGCACUGCUUGUUCCCAAUUGUUGACAAGUCUGGAACAAGGUUGAUGAGGCCAACAAACUCGCAGCAAAUUGUUCCAACAAGUCUGAUAUCUUCUGCACGUAACAAGUUGAUGGCAACAAGCACGUAUAGCAACUUGUUCUUAUUGGAACAACUUGUAGCAAGUCUGUUACCGUCAUCAACCUAGAUGAUAAGAUUGAUAACAACUUGUUCCAGACUUGUCACAACAACGGGGAACAAGCAGUGCGAACGCAUCCUGAUUUCGGCUUGACACCAACCUUGUUACAACUUGUUUGCAGAUUUGUAACAACCAUUGUAACAACCAUUGCAACAACUUGCGCGUUUUUACAUGUGUAAAGUUAAGACACCACACGUAAUUGACCAUUUGCGUAAUAGACUACAUUUUGAACUAAACAAGUCUAGACAAAAAUUUCAUCACAGCUUGAAGGAGC